AUGGUUCUGGGAUUGCCGACAUUCAUUCUGUCACUUUUCUGGUGCGCUGCUGGGAUGUCAAAUCAGACAGCGAAGAAAGACCGCAUGAAUUUGGUCUUCAUGUUUCCAGACACGCUUCGAGCUGAGUCGUUCUCGUCAUACGGCCACCCUCUCCAGACCACACCCAACCUGGAUAAGUUUGCAAAGUCUGCCGUGCGCUUCGAGCAGGCACAUGCUUUGCAUACACAGUGCACGCCCUCUCGGGUAACCAUGCUGACUGGCCGGUACAUGCAUGUGCUGGGCCACCGCACACAGACACAUUUGAUUCAGCCGUACGAGUUCAAUUACUUCCAGAUCCUGAAGGACAAUGGAUACCACAUUAAAUACAUCGGGAAGAACGAUGCUUUCUCUAGAGCUUGGCGGAUUCAAUGA